AUGACUGGGAAUCUUGAUGAACAAGACUGUACCCUACUCAUCCACGAUAUACUCAAAGGGAACAGCAUGACAUAUUUAUCCCACGCAGAUCUAGGAGAACAAAAAAGUGCUUUCCUGGGGAAGAACAUCAAACUCUUUGCAUCAGACCUAACUCAAAAGCCAGAGCUCCACAUCCGAGAGAUUCUUUUGGCUGGGAAGCCUGUGACCUUGAACUGUACCCUCAAAGGCACCUGCAAAGAAACCAAAGCCCUCUUCCACUCCUGGAAGAACUCAGCCAUCUCCAGCAACUCCUCCUCAGUGCUACACUCUACCCUGAAGCCCGAGGACCAUGGCACUACCCUUGGAUGUCACUUGAACUUCUCCCUAGCCAACAUGACCAGAAGUAGCUUGGUCAAGCUCCAUGUGAUCUCACCUGCCAGGCUGUUCAAUUCCUCUUGUUCCUUGGAGAAGAUAGUUCAGUGCAGCUGUUCCUUCCACGGGAUCCCCACACCCUCCGUGCAGUGGUGGAUGGGAGGUGUCCCUGUGGAUGUGGACAGCAUGGAUAACGUCCUCCAGGUGACUUCUUCCACACAUGUCCCCUGGGCCAACAGCACCAUCCACCUCAUCGGGGAGCCAGAAAUAGUCAUGAGACUUCGCUGUGAGGGGAAGAACCAAUAUAGAAUUCACACUUCCAGCAUCUUCCUGAUACCAGAUAAGAAGUCAGUUUCCAGUGUGUUCAUGAAAGGAUUAAUCCAGGGUGUUGUGUAUGGAGCCAUCGCAUUCUCACUGCUCUUCUUCUGCCUUGUCCUCUUGUCAAUGAAGAUGCUUACCUGGUGGGAGGAGCAUCAGAUUCCCAAGACCGAAGGCCUGACCCUUAAGAAGCCAGAGCUGCUGGAGGAACCAGAAGUACCCAAAAUAUGUGAAGCUAACACCCGACCAGACCAGGCUGGAGGUAAGUCCCUGGGCCAGUCACAGAACACCAAGGCCGGGCGCGGUGGCUCAUGCCUGUAA